AUGGAAAUAAAUCUCUGUACGAAUUGUUUCUACGGAGUAAAGGGCAAAUUUGAUGAUUUUGAUGGUUGGAUCGGUGUGUUAGGUGUGGAAGACUCUGGAAUGAUAUCGUCAUCUAGUGAGGAGUUGGUAGCUACCUACUCGAGUAGCAUGAAAAGGAUGUCCAAUGAUUUACCGGUAGUCAAGUAG